AUGGGAGAGCCCGGUGGCCACAUGUACGACCUCCUCAACCACGCCUCUGCCUCCUCCGGGGGCAUCCGCAAGUCGCACCCUCCCCAGCCUUCUUCGCCUCGUAUAUUCAAGUGCCGUUACUGCCCCCGCAUGUUCUGCACCUCCCAAGCCCUCGGCGGCCACCAGAACGCCCACAAGCGUGAGAGAGCCGCCGACCGCAACCUCAGCCCCACCUCCCAACCCCAACUCCACCACUCCCAUUUCUUCGAUCCCUACUGGCUCCGUGUUGAACCCGUUCCCGUCGCCGGGCCUCACCACCAUCUUCCUCUUCCUCCCCCUCCUCCUCCUUCUCCCCCCAGGCCUGAUCCUCACUUUGACCACGUCAACCACCUCGACCUCACCCUCCGCUUAUGA